AUGGCGAGCGAUGGCGCGGGCGAGGCGCCGAGGAAGCUGCCGAAGUUGACGUUCAAGCUCAAGCUCAGCGCGGCGGCGACCGCGCGACGCGACGACGGCGAGGACGCGCGCCGAGGGAAGCGACGGCGAGAGGACGAUGAGACGAGCGAGGAUGAUCGGCGGAUGCGGGAGCUGAAGAUGAAGGCGGCGCGGUUGAGUCGGAUGCUGCCGAACGGCGAGGUCGCGGGGACGCGGGGCGGAGCGGACGGCGGCGACGAACGCGACGGGAGCGAACGCGUGAUCGAGCGCGCGGCGCCGAGCGGCGCGCCGAGUGGUUUGUCGAGAGGAACGGCGCCGAGGGCGGCUAUUUUCGAUCACGUUGGGUUCAGGGAGGGUGGGACGGAGGCGGCGCCUUCGACGAGCUCUCCGGACGAGGACGGGGUCGCGGGGCCAGAGGAACCGCGAGUAGGAGGGCAGAAUCUGACGCUCGAGCCGCCGAAGGUGAAAAACGAGGGUGCUGUGACGAAGAGGAAGCUGGAGGAUGCGUUGAAUAAGCUGCAGAAAUUGGAUAAAUUUCACAUCUUUGCGUAUCCCGUGACGGAGGAUAUUGCUCCGGGGUACUUUUCAAUCAUCUCUCGGCCGAUGGAUUUCGCCACGCUACGAGCGCACGUGAAGAAUAACGAUUACUUGAGCAUGUAUCCGUUUUGCGUCGACGUCGAGACGAUGUAUCGCAACGCAUUAGCGUAUAAUCCGCCGUCUACAGAGAUUCACCAACAAGCGACUAUGAUGUUGGAGCGAGCGAGGCGAAUGCUGAAUAAAUUGCGUGGGUUGUCGCCCAACGCGGGAUUCAUCAAGCCUCAAAAGCCAAAAACGAUCAAGGCAACGCUCAAUCGCGCGCCACUGACCGCCAAGCUGUCAAAAUCGGCGAACUCGUCGGGCGCUUUGUUGGCGACAGAUGUCGACAUGUUUUCAAGCGGCGCAGGCGGUUUACCAGACUUCCCGAACGACGAAUCCGUCGGGGUCAAUGAUUUUAGUUUAGUAGACGAAGAUGAUUUUGGGAUUGGUUUAGACACUUUUUUGGACGACGAUUCCUUCCCUAUGAUGGGUAUGCAAGCGGACAUUGCAGACACGUUUGACAUGCAGGAGGAUGACAUCGCCACCGGUGACACCGUCUUCGUAAAUCCACCUCAACAGAUACGACCAAAGACCAUGGCGGCGGCGACAAAGCGUCAAACGUUUAAGAUUCCGCCGCAGUCGAGAAGGCUUAAGCGUCUACCAGAGAUCUUUAUGCGUCCAGGGCAAUUUAUCAGUCGACUGCGACAGUCGGGAAACAUCUUUGUCUCGAGCAAAAGUAGCGCCACACUGGACAUGUACUCGGCUUCAGUGCGCGCAUUUCUUUCGGGAGUACCCGAAGAUGCGAGGGAUAAGUUUUUGAACGAAAGGUGGAAGCUGUGCUUGGCGCGACCUGAUCCAAAAAUGGUCGAGCCGGCGAAACACGCGCCUACUCCCAAGGCGCCCACGCACACUGGUCACAGCCAACUGCCGUCUUCCACGUCGCAGCAGUAUUUCCCGAAACCAGCGAGCGCUAGUCAACUGAUGCCGAACGUGAGUUCAGCUGCAAGCCUGGAAACGCUGUUGAAGGAAAAUCCAGACGACCAGAAUCACAGUAAACGCGUCCAGUCGGGCCUCGACGGAAUGCGAGCGAUGCUGCGCGCCGGCGAAGCCCUCCGUGGUGAUCCGGUGCCGUCGAAUGAGAAUCCAUUAGACUCUCUUCCUCGUGGAUUCGUGCCCGCAGAUGGCACCAUGGAGUUCGCGGUGUCAUGUCUCGGAAGCACCAUCGCCAAGACGUUGAAGAAAUUCAACGUCGAUCUCUACCCUGAAUCGUCAAACAGAGAACAUGAAUAG